AUGGCAAUGGGGAUGGGUGCUCGGCGCCUCCGGUGCGCCUCCCCUGCAUGCCUCCUCUUGGCCUUCCUCCUGGCCAUGCCGGCCCUCACCGCCGGCCUCACCCGCCGCUACACCUUCAACGUGACGAUGGCGACGGUGACGCGGCUGUGCACGACCAAGAGCAUCCCGACGGUGAACGGGCGGUUCCCGGGGCCGAGGAUCACGGUGCGGGAGGGCGACCGGCUCAUCGUCAACGUCCACAACAACAUCAACAACAACGUCACCUUCCACUGGCACGGCGUGCGGCAGCUGCGGAGCGCCUGGGCGGACGGACCGGCCUACAUCACCCAGUGCCCCAUGCGCCCCGGCCAGAGCUACGUCUACAACUUCCGCAUCGUCGGCCAGCGCGGCACCCUCUGGUGGCACGCCCACUUCUCCUGGCUCCGCGCCACCCUCCACGGCCCCCUCGUCAUCCUCCCGCCCCGCGGCGUCCCCUACCCCUUCCCCAAGCCCUACAGAGAAGUCCCCCUCAUGCUCGGUGAGUGGUUCAACGCCGACCCGGAGGCGGUGAUCAAGCAGGCGCUGCAGACCGGCGGAGGGCCCAACGUGUCCGACGCCUACACCUUCAACGGCUUCCCUGGCCCGACGUACAACUGCUCGGGCGGCGCCAACAGCACGUUCAAGCUCAAGGUGAAGCCCGGGAGGACGUACAUGCUGCGGCUCAUCAACGCGGCGCUCAACGACGAGCUCUUCUUCGCGGUGGCCAACCACACACUCACCGUCGUGCAGGCGGACGCGAGCUACGUCAAGCCCUUCGCCGCCACCACACUCGUCAUCUCGCCGGGCCAGACCAUGGACGUGCUCCUCACCGCGGCCACCAACCCGUCCUCCACGGCCUUCGCCAUCGCCGUCGCGCCCUACACCAACACCGUGGGCACCUUCGACAACACCACCGCCAUCGCCGUCCUCGAGUACGCCCCGCAGAGGCCCGCCGCGCUCCGCGGCCUCCCGGCGCCGCCCCUCCCGCGGUACAACGACACGGGCGCGGUGACCAACUUCUCGUCCAACUUCCGGAGCCUCGCGAGCGCGCGGUACCCGGCGCGGGUGCCGCUGAGUGUGGACCGGAGCUUCUUCUUCGCCGUGGGGCUGGGCGCCGACCCGUGCCAGAGCCCGGUGAACGGGACGUGCCAGGGGCCCAACAACACCCGGUUCGCGGCGAGCAUCAACAACGUGUCGUUCGUGAUGCCCAAGACGUCGCUCCUCCAGGCGCACUACCAGCGCCGGUACAACGGCGUGCUCGCGGCCAACUUCCCCGCGGCGCCGCUGCGCAAGUUCAACUACACCGGCACGCCGCCCAACAACACGUUCGUGACCCACGGCACCCGGGUGGUGCCGCUCGCCUUCAACACCUCCGUCGAGGUGGUGCUGCAGGACACCAGCAUCCAGGGCGCCGAGAGCCACCCGCUGCACCUGCACGGCUACGACUUCCACGUAGUCGGCACGGGGUUCGGCAACUACGACGCCGCCAACGACACCGCCAAGUACAACCUCGUCGACCCGGUGCAGCGGAACACCAUCAGCGUGCCCACCGCCGGCUGGGUCGCCAUCCGCUUCGUCGCCAACAACCCCGGUGCACUGCCACCUGGACGUACACCUGAGCUGGGGCCUAUCCAUGGCGUGGCUUGUCAACGACGGGCCGCUGCCGAACCAGAAGCUGCCGCCUCCACCCUCCGAUAUCCCCACGUGCUAGUAGCCUACGGCUCAGAUCCUUGGCGAUUUUGGCCCGUGCGUGCGAGACACGUUCGCGCGCGUGCAUGCAUACAUGCUCCAUUUGGUGGUGGUCGAGGAAUUCAGCUCGAUCGGUUUGGCCUGAAUGAAUGA